GAGGCCGCCGCCGCGGAGGACGGCGCCGCCGCCCUGGCCGUUGCGGGCGAGGAUGCCGGCGCUGGCUCGGCGGGGGCCGCGCAGGAGGCCCCAGACGUGCCGCAGUUCGCGAGCGGCGGCUCGGAGGCGGAGGACGAGGACGACGCCGACGAGCCAGAGGAGGAGGAGGCGCCCGAGCCGCGCGCUGCAGAGGAGGCUGCCGCCUGCGCGCCCGGGGAGCCCGCGGCGCCCGCGGCGGAGCGGCCCGGGCCAGAGGCGCCGGACGGCCGGGACGGGGGCAGCGAGGCGCUGCUGCGCUUGCUGCUGGUUUGGUACCUCUCCGGCCCCUGGCGACCGGAGGGGCAGCCCUCGGGGGCCGCCGGCGCUGGCCACUGCUGGGCGAGGCUGAGAAGCGGCAGCCUCGCGCGGGGCGCGUGCCUCUUCGAGGCCUCGCAGCGGCUCGUGCUGGCCUGCCUGCAGGGCCCCGGUCCCAGCGGGCCCUGCGGCCAGCACGCGGCCGCGCUGCUGGCGCCCGUGCUGGCCGGCCGCGCGCGGGGCCUGGCGGAGGGCGUGCGGGUCCUGGCGAACGCCAGGUUCUCGGCCGCGCACGACCCAGCCACGGGGGAGGCGCUGUGGGACCCCUUCGAGCAGCCGCCCGCGGGGGCGCCCAAGGGCCGUGCCGUCGACGCCCCAGAGCCCGAGGCCUCGCAGGAGUUCCUCUGCGCCUCGAUCAGCCUGCUGGGCGGCCUGCUGGCGGCGCUGCUUGCGCAGCCACAGCGGUCUGCGGCGGCCGAGGUGGCGGAGCGGGCCUUGGCCGCGGCGGCGCCCAGCGUCUGCAGGCUGCUCCUGCCGCUGGUGGCGGUGCUGCAGCGGAGGGGCGGCUACCCGCUGCUGUCAGUGCCCGCGGCGGUGCCGGCGUCGCACCUGCAGGCCAUGAAGCAGAAGGCCACCGUGAGCAUCUCUCGCCGCAAGUCGCGCAAGGCCUACUUCACGGCGCCGUCGCACGUCCGCAGGAAGCUCAUGAGCGCGCCGCUGAGCAAGGACCUCCGCGCCAAGUACUCCGUUCGCUCGCUGCCCAUCCGGCGGGACGACGAGGUGAUGAUCGUCAGGGGCCACUACCACGACCGGGAGGGCAAGGUGACCCAGGUGUACCGCAAGAAGUGGCGCAUCCACAUCGAGCGCGUCACGCGCGACAAGGCCAACGGUCAGACGGUUCCCAUCGGCAUCCACCCGUCGAAGGUGACGAUCACCAAGAUCAAGCUCGACAAGGACCGCAAGGCUCUCCUUGACCGCAAGGGUGGGAAGGGCAAGAAGGGCCAAAAGUACACCGACAAGGACAUGGAGAAGUGA